CGGGCGACGCCAGCUGGCUAGGCAAGCACAGCACGCAGAGCGGCGGCAGCGGUGACAGCAGGUGCUGGCAGCUGGCUUGGUGCUCCUCUUAUCUGCCCAUCAUGCUCAGGGGGCUGCCCAGCCCUGCCAGCCUGGCGCGCUUCUGCCAGAAGCUGAACCGACUGAAGCCACUGGAGGAGUCCACCAUGGAGACAUCACUGCGGCGCUGCCUGUCCACGCUGGACCUGACCCUGCUGGGCGUGGGUGGCAUGGUAGGCUCAGGCCUUUAUGUGCUCACAGGCACUGUGGCAAAGCAGAUGGCUGGCCCUGCGGUGCUCUUGUCCUUCGCUGUGGCUGCCGUGGCUUCCUUGCUGUCAGCUCUGUGCUAUGCAGAGUUUGGGGCACGGCUGCCACGUACGGGCUCUGCCUACCUGUUCACCUAUGUGUCCAUGGGUGAGCUGUGGGCCUUCCUCAUCGGCUGGAAUGUGCUCCUCGAGUACCUCAUUGGUGGUGCAGCCGUGGCCCGUGCCUGGAGUGGCUACCUGGAUGCCAUGUUCAACCACCGCAUCCACAACUUCACCGAGGCCUAUGUUGGAACCUGGCAGGUGCCCUUGCUGGCCCACUACCCAGACUUCCUGGCUGCUGGCAUUAUAAUUUUGGCCUCUGUCUUCAUCUCCUGCGGAGCCCGGGUUUCCUCCUGGCUCAACCACACCUUCUCUGUUGUCAGCCUCGUCAUCAUCCUCUUUAUCAUCAUCUUGGGAUUUAUCCUGGCCCGCCCGCACAACUGGAGUGCUGAGGAGGGUGGCUUUGCACCUUUUGGCUUCUCUGGCAUCAUGGCUGGCACCGCCACCUGCUUCUAUGCCUUUGUGGGGUUUGAUGUCAUUGCUGCCUCCAGUGAGGAGGCCAGAAACCCAAAGCAAGCUGUGCCUGUAGCCAUUACCAUCUCACUUGGCCUGGCAGCUGGCGCCUACAUUCUUGUCUCCACCGUGCUCACCCUCAUGGUGCCUUGGCACAGCCUGGACCCUGACUCCGCACUCGCUGAUGCCUUCUACCGGCGGGGAUAUAGCUGGGCUGGCUUCAUUGUGGCAGCUGGCUCCAUCUGCGCCAUGAACACUGUCCUGCUCAGCAGUCUCUUCUCCCUGCCACGCAUCGUCUAUGCCAUGGCCAUCGAUGGGCUCUUCUUCCAGGUGUUUGCCCAAGUGCACCCCCGGACGCAGGUGCCCAUGGCUGGCAUCCUUGUGUUCGGGGGCCUCAUGACUUGCCUGGCACUGCUGCUGGAUCUGGAGGCAUUGGUCCAGUUCCUGUCCAUUGGCACACUGCUGGCCUACACCUUCGUGGCCACCAGCAUUAUUGUGCUACGCUUCCAGAGGACCCCUCUGUCCAGUUCCUCAGGCCCAGCCAGCCCUGACCCCAGCGUCAAAGAGUACCAUUCUUUCUCGGACCACAUACAGCUGGUGGGCACCGAGCAGGACUUAGCCCCCGAGCCUGGGCAGCUGCGGCCAGCCCUAAGGCCCUACCUGGGCUUUCUAGGUAGGUACAGCCCUGGAGCUGCUGUGGCUUGGGCCCUCGGCAUCCUGGUGGCCUCGGCCAUCACCCUGGCCUGUGUACUGGUCUUCGGGGACUCAGCCCUGCACCUCCCAUACGGGGGCUACAUCCUGCUGCUCCUGCUCAGCUCUGUCAUGUUUCUGUUCAGCCUCCUCAUCCUGGGGGCCCACCAGCAACGGCGCCAGCAAGACACCUUCCAGUGGGCGCUUGUUUCCAGAAUCUCCAGAGGUGGAGAACGGCUCUGUGGACUCUUGAGGAAUCAGGCCCUGAGCCAGCAGACCUUCUCUACAGCCCAGCCCAGCCCUGCUCUUCCCCCUCAGAUCCCCAUGGUGCCCCUGACUCCAGCCCUGAGUAUCCUCCUCAACAUCUGCCUCAUGCUGAAGCUAAGCUACCUGACUUGGCUGCGCUUCUCCAUCUGGCUGCUGAUCGGGCUCGCCGUGUAUUUUGGCUAUGGCAUCUGGCACAGCAAAGAGAAUCAGCGGGAGUUGCCAGAGCUGACCACCACACGCUACGUGGUGUUCCCCAGCACCAACCUGGAGGAGACGGUACAGACUGUGCAGCCCCCCAGCCAGCUGCCCUCCCAGGAGCCCAGCCCCACGGAGUAGCCCAUCAGUCCGUGAAUCGAGCUGGAGGCCCGCCCAUGCUUGCUCUGCCCUCACCCCACCUCCUCAGGAGACCUGAGGAGCUGGGAGUCCCUUCUGUCUGAGCCAGCUCAGGUUUGCAGGCCUGCCCAUGCUGAGGGGUCCCCCAGACCUUAAAGCCUUAGCCCAAGUGCCUAGCUUUGGGUUUUGGGGAGUGGGCCGUGGCCAGUGCUGGUGUGGGGAACAUUUUGCCCAGAGCCUUACUGUUCAUGAACAACUCCAG